AUGUUUAAACCUGAUUUCAAAUCGAGAUUACUUUACUUUGUACUCUUCGUUGACAUUUAUGGGAUUUUUACUAAUAAUAUUGAUAAAAUUGUAUACAAAAAAGUCGACUGUUUUAAAAUAAAUAUUUUUAUUUUUUAA